AAUCCUUAUACCAAUGGUGAUUUUGUCUUUAAAUUCCAUUGUUGGAAUUUGUCUAAUUAAAAAAUUUUUUUUAUUGUUUAUGGUUGAAGCAUUUUACAACCUUUGUCACAUUUCCGAUCACACUUUUUUUGACAAUGACAUUUCGUUCGAUAUCCCGCCUUGGUUUGAUCCCAUCCCGCCAAACGGAACGAAUUAACGAAUGACAGUUUGAUAUUGUCAAAAAGUUUCAUAACUUCGUGAGACGUGAGAUUGUUUUUUAUAGUUAUAGUUCUGUUAUUAUUUGAUUGUGUAGAUAAAGUGUAGAUAAACCACUAUGUCAUUAAAUUCACGUUCACGGCAAAUAUUGAGUUUAGUGUUGAGCAAUGAAAAUACAAGGAAUACAGAAAAUGUGAGCUGCGAGACAGCUUCCGUCGAUCAGAGAAUUAGUCAUUCAAGUGAUUUACCAAAUACGUCCAGUACAAACGACGUUGCAAACAAUACUGAAAAUAUUCAGAAUGAUUGCUAUGUCCCAACGAAGUGCCAUUCUCCAUCUAUUUUAGUUGUCGAUCACAUUGAGCAAGGUAAUGAAGACAUUUGUAAUAACCAGGAUACACCACAGGAAUAUGGUUCCCAAGAUAGUGAUGAUAAUAAUAAUUCACCUAUUUCACCAGAAGAACCCUACAGUCCUGCUAGUACCGAUCAUGAAUAUAUACCAUCAUCUUCAUCAAACGAUAUUUCUGCAACUGAAAUUCAGGAGGAAUCUCCAAUGACCAACAAUAUAUUGCAACCGAGGAAGAGAAAAAUUUUUCAGUUAAAAGAAAAGUUAUCUAAGAAGAGAUCAAGAAAUGAAGCUGAGUGGAAACAAAAUAGGAAUAGUAUUUUAAGACAGGAAGGCAAAGCUUAUGUUACAAGGAAGGGUAAAACAAUGGAAAGUAAAAAACCAAGGUUUGGUAUAUUAUGCAAGGAAACAUGCAAAUAUAAGUGUUAUGAAAAAUUUUGUGAUAUUGAUUGUGCAUCUCUCUUUUCCCAAUAUUAUAGUUUAAAAAAUAAUAAUGAAAAGAAUAUGUAUCUUUCAAAAUUUAUAACAGUUGAAAAAGUCAAAAGAGCAUUAACUAACCCAAAAAGGCAGAGAUGCACAACUUAUACCUAUGUUCUACCAAAAGGAAGUACUAAUAUAAAAGUUUGUAAGACUGCAUUUUCUAAUAUGUUUCAAAUCGGUUAUAGAAAGUUAGCAGUUAUUCAAUCAAAAAUUAAAUUAAAUAAUGUUGAAGCACUAAGAGAUCAGAGAGGAAAAACUCAUUCUUACAGGCACAAGGUAGAUGUUGAUGUAGAAAAUUAUAUAAGCAGUCAUAUUAGAAGUUUUCCAUCUGAAAGUUCUCAUUAUUCUAGAAAUCAAAAUAUCCACAAACAGUACUUAAAUCCAUUACUUACAAUUAAAACUAUGUAUUCAAUGUACACAAAAAAAUGUGAGGAUGAAAAUAAACCUACCAAAUAUUAUAUAAAGGAAUGCACAUAUAGAAAAAUAUUUAACACCAAAUUCAAUCUUUCUUUUAGGCAGCCAAGAACAGAUGUUUGUUGUAAAUGUGAUUCAAAUACUCAAACUGAAGAACAUAUUGAGAACUAUAAAAGAGCAUUUGAGCUACAAAAACUGGAAAGGGAGAUGGCGGUGUCUGGACAAAACAUGACAUAUAUUAGUUUUGAUAUGCAGCAGACACAGCCGCUUCCUAAAAUUCCAGUAUCAAAAGCUUUUUAUUUAAGACAAAUUUGGUUCUACAAUGAAGGUAUACAUAUAGUUGAUAAAAAUGGACAUAGGUCCUAUUUCUGCACUUUGACUGAAGACUGGCAUCAACAUGUGACAUACGAGUACCAGGUCGAUAUUCUACAGUGCAUUGAUAUUCCUGUAAUAACAACCACCAACGCGCUAUUCUUGGAAUAA